GGAAGGGUUUCGACACAGCGCUGUCGAAUGAGUGAUGCGGUAGUCGCAGCUACAGCAGGAAGGACCCAGAUUUCGCAUUAGUGUCUUUCGCUUUCGCGUACGGUUUCUCUGGUCGGUUCUCCUGCGUUUGGCGGAUAGUAACUUUGUGUCAUUUCGCUCUCCUUUUGUGACCAUUCAGGGGGCAAAGGGGGAAGCGGAGGAGCGAGAGACAAACGCCAUUUUAGGAGAAUAUCACACGUUGCGGUGACAGACAGCGGCGGGCAGAACAGCACAAUGGCCCUGAAAAGAAUUCACAAGGAGCUGAACGACUUGGCGCGAGACCCUCCGGCUCAGUGUUCAGCUGGCCCAGUUGGAGAUGACAUGUUUCACUGGCAGGCAACAAUUAUGGGCCCGAACGACAGUCCAUACCAGGGAGGUGUGUUCUUCUUGACUAUCCACUUUCCCACAGACUAUCCCUUCAAGCCACCAAAGGUGGCAUUUACCACGAGAAUCUACCACCCCAACAUCAACAGCAAUGGCAGCAUCUGCCUCGACAUCUUAAGAUCACAGUGGUCGCCAGCAUUAACCAUCUCCAAAGUGCUCCUCUCCAUCUGCUCACUGCUAUGUGACCCAAACCCGGACGACCCGCUAGUGCCAGAGAUCGCCCGCAUCUACAAGACAGACAGGGAAAAGUACAACAGAAUAGCUCGGGAAUGGACACAAAAGUAUGCGAUGUAGUUCCUGGCACAGAACCGCUGAAAAAAGGCGUCUGCAUCUAAGACUAGCGGAGCU